AUUUUGGAGUUUCCAGACAUAAUGGAGAGAUGUAGUGCUUACGGAUCUCACAUAGAAUGUAAACAAACCAGGUGGGGCGCGGUGACCAUAUUAGAAAGUCAGGUGGGGGGAGCCGUAUAGCGAGUUUUGGUUAUACAUACAGUGGACCCCCGGUUAACGUUAUUUUUUCACUCCAGAAGUAUGUUAAGGUGCCAGUACUGACCGAAUUUGCUCCCAUAAGGAAUAUUGUGAAGUAGAUUAGUCCAUUUCAAACCCCCAAACAUACACGUACAAACGCACUUACAUAAAUACACUUACAUAAUUGGUCGCUUUCGGAGGUGAUCGUUAUGCGGGGGUCCACUGUAAUUUGAAAUGUCCGUAUUAGCGGAACACCGCAAAGCAAAAUGCCGUAAAGCGGGGCCCUACUGUACUAUCAGUGUACAUGUAUUAUACUUUGUUUUUUAAUGCCAAGUUCUAUUGCUAACUUAAUAUACGUUAGUGUAAACUUGUUAUCUAGUAUUUCUAUGGAUUUAUAAGUAGAAAAAAAGGAUGUUCCACUUUACUGUGAUUCACGCUUUACGGCGGUAUCCUGGAACCUAAAGUGGGGCCAUACUGUAUGGGAUUUUUCAUGUAUGAUAGAAAAUAUGUAGUGUAAAAGUAUGUAGUGCCAUGGAAAAUAAACCUUACUAUAUUUUACUUAGUAAGUAAAAUUGAUCUUUUUUUUCUCUCUCUGCUACAAUCUUCAUGGGUGUUGCUUUGAUGCUGAUAAAAAGGCUCUUAAUUAAAAGAAUCGCAGCUACUUCCUCUGUCUUUGACUAACACUUUUAUAUGCAGUAAUCGUACUUGCAGAUUAAUGUGUUUUAGUAGAGAAUACAACACUAACCACACAGAUGCCAGUACAUGCCACUUUGCUCCACAAAUAUACAGUAAAAACCCCAGUUAACAGGCUUUAAAUGAAAUAACAUUGUGGACUGAAGAACAAAAGGGAAAAAUAUGGUUAGGUUCUUGAUGCCUCGAUACAAGCCAAACUAAUUUUCUAUUUCAUAAAACAUCAAAAAUAAUAUAGUUUUCAUAUCUUACAUCUUAUUUGUUGUUGUUUGUCGAUAUGCUAGUGUGUGGUGUGUGUUGAUGUGGCCCUGUAAAAUACUUGUAUAAAUGCGGUAGGAAUUAUCACCUAUUAUCACCUGUACCAUCACCAUCAGUUGUUGCCAGCUUGUCAACAUAGGUAAAACAAAUGCCACUUUUCAUUACUAAAUUGCACCUGACAUAUAGGAACUCGCUACCCCUAUAUGUAAGCAACACAUUCUUUAAAGUGAAUGUGUUUGAGAAAGUAAUAAUCAAUAAAACUGCAAGAGUAUUGUAAUGGUAUGGGAAUUGUUGAUGUUGGUUUAUAGGGUCACCACAGCUUAUGCCAUAUUGAGUCCUGUUUCCUGGAAGUCAGGGAAAAAAUCGUUGCCCAAAUCUGGGUGAAAAUUAGAAAGAAAUGAAAGUUUCCUCUGGCAACAAAACAUGAAUGGGAACAUGUAUGAGACCUCUGUAUCAAAUGUAUCUUUUUGGAAAAUAAAUUAUUAUUAUUAAUAGUAGUAGUCAGGUGGACCCCCUUACCUCAACCCCUGGAGAGUCAGAUUCUCACACACCCCACCUGAGUUGAUUGGUUUAUCUCAGGUCACAGAAAUCCCCGAAUGUUUUUAUUGAUGCACAACAGUCAAAAUUAUCCAUUUAGUACACCAAUGUCUUGUUAAUAACUUUUCCCAUUAUAAUCAAUCACCAAUAUAUUAGAAAAUUGUAGAAAUGUAGCUGGAAUAAGGCACAUGGCUGUUAGAGGUAGGGAGUGUGUAAUUAUAGCCUUCGUGUUUAUUUUUGAAAACUUUUUAAUGUGCUUGACGAGUCGUUUUCCUGCCCACUUUGGACUUUUGUGCAAUGUAUAAAUUGGCGUUUUUUUGGAAAGGCGCUCAUUGACCAUGUAUUUAUUGGGUCACUGCUGUAGAGAGUAGCUUAUGUGGGGGACAGUGGCUGGCAUUACUUAACUUUUUCAAAGCACUUGCAUUCUAAAUGCAGUUUAACAUUAAAAUAUGUGCAAAAUAACCACAGAGGGAAUUGAAUGAUGGCUCUAGGCCUUUUGCAUUGCAGUCAACACAUCAGGAGCUUGCAGUGUUGCAGAAAUGAGUAGGAAGUCCAGGCAGAUUUGUUCAGGUAAUCGACCCUCCAUAAUCUGUAGAGAGUUUUUCCUGAAUGAAUCUGUCCGGACUUCCUACUCAUUUCAGUAACAUUGCAAGCUCCUGAUAUGUUUAUUGCAACAUGAAAGACCUAGAGCUAUCAUUCAACUCCCCCUGUGGUUAUUUUGUCACUCAAUUCACGUUUAUUGUAUUAUUAAAAUGUGUGUUAAGGCAAUUGAUGUAUCAUUCUUUUUUUUUUUUCUAGACAAGUGAACAAACACUAUUUUUUUAUUUCGCAGGGGAAGCGAAAUAUGGCACACGGUUACCAAGUAGGAAGAGCAAAGAGGCGUGGAAGAUGUAGGAUAUGCCCCAGGAAGGAUGAUAAAAAAACUGAUACACAGUGUUCCUUAUGCACUAAAUGAGCGGACGCAAGAAGUAUAACCAGUAUGACAAGAGGACAUUACUGGAGGCCCUGGAAGCUGUGUGCGAGGGAAGGAUGAGCCAGCGACAGGCAGCCAGGGAGUACGGCGUCCCUCUCACUACCCUUCAUGACAGACUCACCAGCCAUAAUGACAAGGCUUUUAUUUCCAAAUUCAGUGUCUUCACUAGCCAACAAGAGCAACACAUUGUCGACUGCUUCAAGCAGUGGGCCGAGGUGGGCUUCUUACGAACCAGAUCAGAUGUGCAGGAAGUCAUGCAUGAGCUCCUCCGCAAGCAACGGGCCCAGGGCAAGAAUAAUCCAUUUAAGGAUGACCGCCCUGGACGCAUGUGGUACCAAACCUUCUUCAGACGCCAUCCUCACAUCCAACUCAGUUCCCCAGAUGACCUCCUUGCUUAUGAAUUGGGAGUCACACAACGCAAAAUGCUUCUCUGGAGAGAAAAUUUAGAUGCCUUUUGUACAAGCCAAGGCUUUACGGAUGCCUUCACUAAUCCUAGUCGGAUAUUCACCGCUGAUGAGACAACUUUUUUUAUGUAUUCAGGGGCUGGUAUUGUACAUGCUCCACACUGUCCUAAAAACAUCCUUGACCGUGUCAGAGGGGAUAAUGAUUCCGUUACGGUUUUUGUGAGUGUGUGUGCUGAUGGGCGUACACUGCCUGGAGCAAUCAUCUCUCCUUCAGGUUGUCCUUUCAAAUGCAACGGCUCCAGCAUGCUCCAGGAUUGGUUGUUGAAGGAGUCUGAGCACGGGUACAUGACUGCAGAUAUCUUCCAGAAGUACUUGAGCCAGGUGUUCAUGCCCUGGAUCGAGAGAGCAGGUGUGGAGACUCCCGUGUGGCUCUUCCUAGACAGCCGCUGCUCCUACCUCUCCCCGGAGGUGUGGGAGUUCUGCCAUCAUCAUCGUGUCAUACUUUAUGCUCUUCUGCAGAAUUCUCCACAGCUGCUGCAGCCAACAGCUGCUGCCGUCUUCAAGCCUCUUGAGGCUUCAAUGAUGCACAUAAUGCAAGAAUGCAAACAGAAUGGAAGUAAUGUGAUAACUCAGGACUCUUUCAUCACCAUGCUAGAAAGACUAUUAGCCAAAUUGGAACAGCCUAAGGCUGUUAAAGAAGCCUUUAAGAAGAGUGGAUUAUAUCCCUUCCAGACCCCAGAGCUAACAGUGUAGCUCCUCCAGAUCACAAUUACUGGAGAAACACAAUUCUUCAUGUCGCAUUUAUUAUGCCUGAGUGUGGUGUAAGGAUAAGGUGCAGAAAUGCCACCAUACAGAUCCUUCUUUGUGUCCAUAUGAAACCAUGUUUACACAGUUUGCUAAGUUUAUUAUUGUACAACCUCAGUUUACCUUAACAGUGACAUAUUUGUAUACCCAAAUUUUGAAAGGAAUUAGAGCCAACAAGAAUUUGUUAGUGUAAAAUACAUAUACAUGUAUACUGUUGUAUAUACAGUAGAUCAUUAAGUGUCCAGUGACAGUGAAAUCUUUAUUACAGUAAGGUACAAUAAACACUUGAUACAGCAAUACAGUCAUGCAUAGGUAAUAUUUUGGUCAACAAUGGACUGCACAUACAAUGGUGGUGUAAACAAACAUACUGCACUGCCAGUCGUAUAAAAGUAUAGCAUGUAUAAUGAUGUAUGGUGCUAAAAUACUUUUUAACAAUAAUAAACAACUGUGUUACUGGUUUAUGUAUUUACCAUACUGUACUGUUUAUCGUUAUUCUAGAAUGUACUCUUUCUACUUAUAAAAAAAAAGUUUACUGUAAAACAGUUUGGGGUGUUACACUGGCAGCAGCCUCAUACAUCUUGUGUUAACCGCCUCUUUUGAUAACACCAUUUUUCCUUUGUGUUUGAUUUAAUCUUGUGUUGCUGUAUUCACGGCCCCUAAAGUUUGUAGCCGAGAAGCAAUGGGCUAUACCAUAUAGCCUAAGUGUGGAGUAGGCUAUACCAUCUAGGUUUUUGUAAGUACAUUUGCACAACAAUGAAAUCACUUCAUUAAGCGACGCAUGACUGUAAUUGAUGUACAUAUUUAAUCAAGUAUUUUGGGCAGCCUUAAAAUUAAUUUAAACCUACUGAGGAAGGUCGCUAUGGAUUAUCAUGAACAUUGGAUAAUCAUGUCAUUUAUUUAUUGUCUUUUAUGACCUUUUAUGCAUUAUCUGUUUAGGUACCAUGGAAUGAUGAAAGCCAAAUUGGCAGUCGACAGAAAAUCAAUGAUCUGUAUUACAUCUCUGUGUCUUAUCUAAUGCCAUAGAGAUUAUAUCUUAUUAAAGGAUGGGAAGGAGUGUCAAAAACAAAUGAAAAUAUGUUAAUCUUUGCAGAAUAUGUUGUGCAGAGAUAAGAGUUAAAAUAUUUAUUGACUGGAUAUUCAAGGGAACUGUUUUUAAAAAUAGUUUUGGCAUUAUUCUUGACACUAAAUGUAACAAUGGUGGUAUUGUCUCACUGGUUUUAAACAACUCUGCGUGAUGAUAUUAUUGUGCAUUGAGGUAUAGUCAGUGAGUUGAGUGGUAAAUUACAGCACUAUUAUGGCUUGGUGUAGUGUGUACACACUACUGUAAUACUUAAACUCCAAUCAGAGUCAUAUACUCCUUGAAUUUAUUUUUUUUUUUUUUGGUAGCGAUAGCUAAAAAAAAUGUUUAGAACUUAAAUAUUGCCAGUGAUGGUGAUGUUCUGAACUCAGGAAAUGAAAACAAGCAGUGACUGAGAUAUAUAGUGCAAAUCUGUGUUGAACCUGUUGCACUGCAGCAAUCUUACAAUAACACUGUGUUGCACUGCAGCAAUCUUACAAUAACACUGUGUUGCACUGCAGCAAUCUUACAAUAACACUGUGUUGCACUGCAACAAUCUUACAGUAACACUGUGUUGACCCUGGUGUACUGCAACAAUCUUACAGUAACACUGUGUUGACCCUGGUGCACUGCAACAAUCUUACAGUAACACUGUGUUGACCCUGGUGCACUGCAACAAUCUUACAGUAACACUGUGUUGACCCUGGUGUACUGCAACAAUCUUACAGUAACACUGUGUUGACCCUGGUGUACUGCAACAAUCUUACAGUAACACUGUGUUGACCCUGGUGUACUGCAACAAUCUUACAGUAACACUGUGUUGACCUUGGUGUACUGCAACAAUCUUACAGUAACAAUGUGUUGACCUUGGUGUACUGCAACAAUCUUACAGUAACACUGUGUUGACCCUGGUGUACUGCAACAAUCUUACAGUAACACUGUGUUGACCCUGGUGUACUGCAACAAUCUUACAGUAACACUGUGUUGACCUUGGUGUACUGCAACAAUCUUACAGUAACACUGUGUUGACCUUGGUGUACUGCAACAAUCUUACAGUAACACUGUGUUGACCCCAGUGCACUGCAACAAUCUUACAGUAACACUGUGUUCAUUACACAACCAAUUACACAAAAAAAUAAUUUGCCAAAUACAUUCUCAUAUUUAAAGUCUGUUUACUGUAUACUUAGCAUGUAUUUUUUUGGGUGACUUAUUUAUCGCCCAUACAGUACUGUAUAUUGUAUGUUAUCAAGACAUUUGUGUAUUACUGUUUGAUUUCUUGGGAAAAAGAAAUAUAUAAGAGGAAAGUAACUUACCCAGUUUGUUGUGUAUUUAUCUUGACUAUAAUAAAUUAUAUGAAUAGUU